UUAUCGGCUAAAUUUGUAGGGCUUCUAAUCGACUUGGUGGGCUCGUAACCCGCCAAACCCAAAACCACACUGUAUUAGGCAAUAGUGAGUCUAGGCAAUAGUGAGUCUAGUGAACUCUGAACUCUGCUGAACUAUAUUAAGAAGGGCGCGGUGGAAUUAGCCGGAAGUAAAGGCAGACAGACAGAGACAUUGACAAUAAGCAUGGGAAGUGAAGAAGAGAGCACAGUGAAAGAGCCGUUGGAUCUCAUCAGACUCAGCUUUGAUGAGAGAAUCUACGUCAAACUCCGUUCAGACCGAGAACUCCGUGGCAAACUUCACGCUUAUGACCAACAUCUUAAUAUGAUUCUUGGUGAUGUUGAAGAAAUUGUGACCACAAUUGAGAUUGAUGAUGAAACAUAUGAGGAGAUAGUUCGGACUACAAGACGGACCAUCCCUUUCCUAUUCGUUCGUGGGGAUGGUGUAAUACUGGUGUCUCCUCCUCUGCGGACUGCCUGAUCAAUAGAGAAGAUGUUCUCAUCAUAAACCUGUGCAAGCAUCCUAUAUUUUGUUUAAGGUGCUGCAGUAAAAUUAAAAUAACUCAGAUUAUUGAGGGAACUGCUUUUGUUAGUGUGUUAUUAAUUUGUUAAGAGGCUUUGCAGAACUGCUUUUAUUUGUUAUUUUCACUCUAAAUUGAAUAUUUUGUCAUUAAAAGAAGAAAUUUAUUAUUUUGUAUUA